AUGGAUGCUCAGCAACUGCCUUCGGACCUCUUAGCGGGACUGCCUGAGUACACGAGCCGAGAAGAGCAAAUAGUCUACCAGACACCCGUUCGCCACCUGCACCCGUCUCUAGGACACAGUACAGCAGUGGAGCCCACCUACGAUCUGAUGCCCUCCGGCAGUCUAGCCUGUAGCCUCGACAACUCGGGCAGCCUGUUUCCCGGCUUCGUCGGACCCUACGUCAGGGGUCCUGCUCUCGCUCAUGGCGCCACACUCGGGCCGCAGUUGAUACAGUUCACCUCGCCCGCCACGCUUCGAGUACGCGCAUCGCCCUGCGGCGGGCUCCCCGGUGUCCGCAGCCCCAGCCGAGCUGGCUCGGGGCCGCAUCUGUUGCCAGUCACCGUCAUCUCGUCCGGACUCAUCCCAGACGGCGUUGGCGCCGCCACGCCGCGCUACGCUCAAGCUGGCGACCCGGCACUGGCGUCCGUCUCGACCAGAACCAGCACCGUGUCAGGACCCGGCAAGUCUGGCGACGGCGGUGCUACAGUCUGCAAUGGUCGUGAGGCUGCAGCCGAUCACUUUCCCUGGCCACCUCCUCUUCAGGCAGCCCGCCAGCCAGGCAGAAAGACGAGCGCAGCAACCGCCGUCCCUACCAGAACCGGCCCCAUGGCAGCAUCAGUCAACUCUGUAUUCGGAGGAAGAGAGCAGGCCGGAGGAGACGGAGGAGAGGGAAUCGGAUACUCAACCACCUCAGGUGUCUACCAGACUAUUGAUCCACUCCUUUUGGUCCAAUGGCGCACUGCUGCCAACGGCACCUCGACCGGUUGCCGUGGCAGGGUACAGUUUCACCGAGAGGGCCGAGCUGUUGAGACGGAGUUGGAAAGAAGUUCUAACCAUCGUUGCUCGGAGGCCAAGCGUAAAAAGGUCGGUACUAGAAAGAGUGAUCGAUCCGAAACCGGGCUGAAGAGGGAGGGUGAUAGCGAUUCGGAGGUGGAAGAGGAGGAUGAAGAAGUGGGAACGAUGAUUGAAAGUGGAGAUGAAGAGAGAACAGAAAGCGCCAAAGAGAGUCAGCGGAAUCCCUACUUUCAGACAAGCUUUGUCUAG